UGGUCCCUAUGACAACGGACUGUACACUACCGCAACGGCUCAAGCCUGCUUCUGCUCCAAAGUCAUGGCCAACCUACAGGAACGUAAAAGUUUCUCCAAGUCAAGAAUAAGUAUACAAGCCUCAGGAGGGACUCCGGAAGCCAAGGGCAUUGAGAAACGCAAGCUUUCUCAGAAACGAAGGACACUGCCCUUGCAGUUAUCCAUGGAUGGCCACCUGUCACCAUGGCCUACAUACACCAGUGGCCAGACGAUUCUAUAUAAUCGAAAGCCCUGUUCAGAUGACAGCCGGAAUCGAGCCAAUACCUGCCAGCAGCAGUCCAUGAACAUCUCCAAGCCCAAGUACCUGGAGCAACUAGAGAACUACCUGCGCAAGGAACUCCUCCUGCUGGACCUGAGCACGGAUUCUGCACAGGAACUGAGGCUGCAGCCUUACAGGGAGAUCUUUGAGUUCUUCAUAGAGGAUUUCAAGACAUACAAGCCAUUGUUAUCCUCCAUCAAGAAUGCGUACGAGGUGAUGCUAGCCCACCAAAAGGAGAAAAUCCGGUCCCUGGAGCCCCUGAAGGCCAAGAUUGUCACCAUGAACGAGGACUGCAGUGAGAGGGUCCUGGCCAUGAGGGCUGAGGAGAGGUACGAAAUCUCUGUGCUCAAGAAAGAGAAGAUGAAUUUGCUAAAACUAAUUGACAAAAAGAACGAAGAGAAGAUCUCACUGCAGAGCGAGGUAGCUAAACUGAGGAGGAGCCUGGCUGAGGAAUAUCUGCGUUAUCUUACCGAACGAGAUGCCCGAAAAAUUCUGAUCGGGGACCUGAAUGAACUGAGGUACCAGCAAGAAGACAUGUCACUAGCCCAGAACCCAGCAGGUGCAUCUCUGGCAGGUGUUCCGAGAGAAGACCCAAUGAAGCUAACAUUGGCACUGAAGAUGACUCGACAAGACCUGACUCGCACACAGAUGGAACUUAACACAAUGAAAGCCAACUCUGGAGAUGUGGUACCCAGAAGAGACUUGGAAAUGCAAGAGAAGACCAACAUGGAGCUUCAAGAGCAGCUAGAAAGCCUGAGAGCCGACUAUGAAGAAGUCCGAAAGGAACACGAGCUGCUGCUGCAGUUGCAUAUGAACACACUAAAGGAGCGGGACCAGUUCUAUAAUGAGCUGCAGGAGAUCCAGCGCACCUCCACACCGCGACCUGACUGGACCAAAUGCGAAAGUAUCAUAGCAGGGGGCCCAGAGCGCUGGCUAGUGCUGGCUGAAGGGAAGAACAGUGACCAGCUGGUGGAUGUGCUCCUGGAGGAAAUUGGCAUGGGUCUGCUUCGGGAGAAAGACUUCUUCCCUGGCCUGGGCUUUGGGGACGCCAUCCCCCCCUUCCUUCGGUUUGAUGGCCCUGUGAAGAACAAGAAGCCAAGCAAGAAGGAGGUGGUAAACCUCCUUAAGGAUGCCUGGAAGGAACGCAUUGCAGAGGAGCAGAAGGAGUCAUUUCCAGAUUUCUUCUUCAAUUUUCUGGAGCGUCGCUUUGGGGUCAAUGAAGCCAUGGCCUGGGCUUACACCAUUUUUGAAAAUAUCAAGCUCUUUCGUUCCAGUGAGAUCAUGAAUCAGUUCUAUGCGGUAUUGAUGGGAAAGAAUUUGGAGAGUGUAUAUAUCAAUCAAAAAGAGACACUGUCCCAUCUGCUGAAGGAGUUGAUAAGCGUUGACACUCAGAACGAGGGAUCAAUCACCAUGGAACAGUUCAGCACCAUCCUCAAGACUAACUUUCCUCUCAAGAAGGAAGAGCAGAUUCAGGAGCUGAUGGAGGCAGUAGGCUGGGGUCCAGACAGCAGCAACUCAGACAUGUUAAACUACCGAUCUUUGUUUCAUGAGGAUGAGGAAGGGCAGAGCGAGCCGUUUGUGCAGAGGCUGUGGGAACAGUAUGAAAGUGAGAAGGAAGCCUACUUAGAAGAACUGAAGCAGGAGCUAGACCUGGAUCCUCUUGAAGAGGUGACCCUACUGAAGAUGCGUGGGACCCUGAUGAACAUGGAUCCUACCAUGGACAAGCAGACUCUGAGUGCCUACCUGAGCCAGGCCUAUCAGAUCCCUGCGAUUGAUGUGCCACUGGAGGAUGAGGAGAGGCAGGGGAUAAUCUCGAUAAAGGUUGAGACUGCGCUUGAUCGACUUAGGAUGGCAGACACGAAGCGUGUAGGACCACGAGAGCCAGAGCCAGCAAGCUAGAGCCAGCCCUGCCCCCCUGGCAACAGAAAUACAAUAUCGCUAACUUU